GAAAAGAAACGAGGAGAGAGAGAGAGGAGGAGGAGAAACGAGGGAGCUGUUUGAUUCCAUCGGAGGUUUGAUCGUCUUCUGUUAUGCCGAGAAAUCAUUUAGAUUCCUUCCAAUUGCUUUUUCUCCUCUCAAUCCUGCAAUUCACGUCAACGACAUUAGCAAUCAGGUUAGAUGUGAGUCUUCGAGAGAAACACAUAUGUAGUACAACUGUUCAAGGAAGAUACCUAAUAUCUGAUGAUAAUGGUCAUGUAUGUGAUGCAUUUUCAGUGGAUUCACAAUCUGGUUGUUGCCCUGGUACAGGAGAACAGUUUUCUUGUCAGGGAUGCAAUUUUGUCUCACAGUGUUGCAACUCAUAUGAAUAUUGUGUUUCAUGUUGCCUAAAUCCAAAACAGACAGAAAAGGAACUAGCUUUGAAAGUGAAGAUAGCUAAGCCAAUAAGUGCAGGAACAUAUACAAGUGUUUUUGAUUUUUGUAUUGGCAGAUGUCGUCAUAAUUCUGAGAGUGUGAUUCACGAAAAUGCUUACUUCAGUGACUUCCAUCAUUGUUAUUCUCUUCCGUCAAACUCUUCAGAAAAGUCUAAUAAUAGACAGAUGGAACUUACACUAGCUGGAAUUAACAUCAUAGUUGGAAGGCAAGGGGAGUCGUGUGAUUCUGCAUGCAAGGCAAAGGGGCAAUCAUGUGUAUCCAACAAACUAAAGAUACUUAACCAAUGUGACAUAUUGCAGAAGUAUAUGAGUUGUAAAGGAGCUUGCCUUGCAAGUACUGGAGCAGAUCAACCUGCGGAAGUUGCAGAUGAUGCACCUAAACGCCUGAAUCCAGGAGCAUGUUUAUACUCAAAAGCACAAUCAAAGCUUUCUUGUGAUGGUUCGCAUCCUCAAACAAAGAGGCUUUGCCCCUGCGCAUAGUAACACUGAAUUUGUUUUGUAAGUUCCUUAGGAAGUCACUUGUAUUCUGUUUCGAUUGUUAACUAAGCUCGGUCGGAAGAGAUCACAACUCAGAAUAACAACUUUUUUCUAACAAGAAUCGAGCAAUUUUACCCUAAAAUCAUAAUUUUCCUUAUGUUAGGAUAGGAUAUAAAUGUAACAACUUGAUGAAUGCUUUAGCUGCUGUUAAUUCUAAUCUUUUACAGUUGAA